AUGGGUCUUGAUGAUUUUCGCAGCACAGGUCUCGUUCUGGGUCUGGGCUUCUCAUCGUCGCCGGAGAAGUCACAGAACAAGCCGCCGCCGGCGGCCAGAGUUUUUGAGCCGUCGUUGACUCUGGGCCUCUGUGCGGGGACUUAUCAGCAAAAUCAGGGUUCGAAAGGGAGUGAAUUGAAUAAGGGAAAUGUUAUUGACGCCUCUGAUUUGCUUUACCGUCAAGAUAGUGGUGCUUCUUCGUUUUCUAACGCUAGCGUGAAGAGAGAGAGAGAACACGGGAGUGAAGAUGGUGAAACAGAGAGGGUUUCGCCCAGAGUGAGCGAUGAAGACGACGAUGGGACUAACGCUAGGAAGAAACUUAGGCUGAAUAAAGAUCAAUCCGCUCUUCUAGAGGAAAGCUUCAAGCAACAUAGCACGCUCAAUCCUAAGCAAAAGCUGGAGCUGGCUAGGAAGUUGAAUCUGCGACCCAGACAGGUUGAAGUUUGGUUCCAGAAUCGCCGAGCUAGGACGAAGCUGAAGCAAACAGAGGUGGACUGCGAGUUCUUGAAGAAAUGCUGCGAAACGCUAACGGACGAGAACAGAAGGUUACAGAAGGAGCUACAGGAACUGAAAGCUUUAAAACUAGCACAACCCUUCUACAUGCAGUUGCCGGCGGCGACCCUUACCAUGUGUCCAUCCUGCGAGAGGAUCGGCGGCGCCGGCGGAAGUAACACAGCCGGAGACAAUGGCUCCAAAUUCGCGAUGACCCAGAAGCCUCACUUCUUCAAUCCCUUCACAAACCCAUCGGCGGCUUGCUAG